AUGUCUUGUCAGCAAAUUGCAAAGAAGUAUAAUAUACAAGAAAGAUAUAAGAAAGAGGGAUCUUUGGUUUGGGUUGCUGUUGCUCCACGAACCAGCAAUCUCUGGAUUCGGAGCACGGAGGAACGUCCACCAGCUGCUUAUCCGGAAGACCACGGGUCCUAUGAUACAGUAAUGUCAGAACCCUCAUCCUCAUUGUCAACAUCCUCGUCACCGUCUACGUCACUUUCAUCAUCUUCGAAAACAAUCGAGGGCGAUAAACCCAGCGGCAGCAGUCCCAGUCCUGUUGAAGCUGAAGGUGUACCUGGACCCAGUAAUGCUGAAAUCAGCUGUUUGCUGUCGAAGGCUGACUCGGAGGAGUUUGAUGAAACCGAGGAGGCCGGAGAGGAGACUAGUGAAGAAGAGAGUGAAAUUAGUGAGAACGGGCUGUUCUGUGAUGCUGACUGUGAAGAAGAGGUAGCAGCAGACGAUGAUUCGUUGACUACUGAUCCAGAUGUACAGAAAUCAAUAGAUAAUCUUCCUUCUGAUGUUAUGUACAGACAUGUUGUAGCUAUUAAUGUCACUGCCGAAGAACAACAUCCUAAUGAUGAUGUCUCUAAUAGUAUACCAUUGACACUUUUUCAAUCGGUUAGAAAAAGAAAAAAUGAUAAAGGGAAACAUGUGAGAUUUGUAAUACCAACGAGAGCCAAUCCACCGCCAGAAAUGAACAGCUGGUUAAUUCAAUUCCAAAAAUGGACAAACGCUGAAAGGAUGUUAGCCAUUGAUGAGUUGAUAGAAUGCUGUGAGCCGACGCAAGUUCGGCACAUGAUGCAAGUAAUAGAGCCCCAAUUCCAGCGGGAUUUUAUAUCACUGUUACCAAAAGAGCUCGCUUUGUCUGUCUUGGCAUUUUUAGAGCCCCGAGAUUUAUUACGCGCCGCCCAAACAUGUAGAAAUUGGCGGUUUCUUGCCGAUGACAAUCUUCUGUGGAAAGAAAAGUGCCGAUCUGAGGGCAUAGAAGACCUUAAGGAUGUAUCAUUUACUAAGCGCAAGAGCAAUCGUAGUAAUAGCAUUUGUAGUUCACCUUGGAAACAAGCUUACAUGCGUCAAUAUAGUAUUAAAAUGAACUGGCGAACUAAGCCAAUAAGACCGCCAAAGGUUCUCAAGGGACAUGACGAGCAUGUAAUUACUUGCUUACAAUUUUCCGGUAAUCGUAUAGUCAGUGGAUCUGAUGAUAAUACUCUCAAAGUUUGGUCAGCAGUUACAGGAAAGUGCCUGAGGACAUUGAUGGGUCAUACAGGAGGCGUGUGGUCUUCCCAAAUGGCAGGUACGACAGUAAUAAGCGGCAGUACGGAUCGCACAUUAAAAGUGUGGAACGCAGAUACGGGUUCGUGCAUUCAUACCCUGUACGGGCACACGUCGACGGUUCGAUGUAUGCACCUUCAUGGUAAUAAGGUAGUAAGCGGCAGCAGAGAUGCGACGCUGAGAGUGUGGCAAGUAGAUACCGGAGAGUGUCUACACGUUCUCGUUGGUCAUCUGGCUGCUGUGAGAUGCGUGCAAUAUGAUGGAAAAUUAGUUGUUAGCGGUGCUUACGAUUAUAUGGUUAAAGUGUGGAAUCCAGAGCGUGAGGAGUGCCUGCACACGCUUCAGGGUCACACUAAUCGCGUGUAUUCUCUUCAGUUCGAUGGAGUUCAUGUUGUAAGUGGAUCAUUGGACACCAGUAUCAGAGUAUGGGAAGUCGAGACUGGGGCCUGUCGUCAUACUUUAAUGGGUCAUCAGUCACUUACGUCGGGCAUGGAAUUACGUAACAAUAUUCUGGUGUCCGGUAACGCUGACUCAACUGUUAAAGUUUGGGAUAUUGUUAAUGGACAUUGUUUACAAACAUUAUCUGGGCCUAAUAAACAUCAGUCGGCCGUUACUUGCCUUCAGUUUAAUAGUCAUUUUGUUAUUACGUCUUCGGAUGAUGGAACUGUGAAAUUGUGGGAUGUUAAGACUGGUGAUUUUAUAAGAAAUCUCGUGGCUUUGGAAAGCGGUGGAAGUGGUGGCGUCGUAUGGAGGAUUCGUGCGAGUGAUACAAAGCUUGUUUGUGCUGUUGGAAGUCGUAAUGGUACCGAAGAAACAAAGCUUCUUGUCCUCGAUUUCGAUGUCGAGGCUAAAUAA